AAAUGUUGGUUAUUGAAGGCAAUGCUGUGCUGAUGUUGUGACGUUAAAGAUUUUCUAGCAGUAUAUUUCAAACAAUCGCGUCUUAAACGUGUUUAGUUGAAAUUUCAUUCAAAAUUUACUAAAUAUGGCUGCUGUAAGUUCUAUAUCAAAUGUCGAAAACUUAUCACCGCAAAUUAUUAGACGUGUAGCUAAAGAAAUGACUGAAUUAGCUUCACAACCACCCGAAGGUAUUCGUGUUGUUUUAAACGAAGAAGAUGUUACUGACAUUCAAGCUAUCAUAGAAGGACCCUCGGGAACACCAUAUGCUGGUGGUUUCUUUAGAGUAAAAUUAGCUCUUGGCAAAGAUUUUCCUCAAGGACCACCAAAGGCAUUUUUCCUCACAAAAAUAUUUCAUCCAAAUGUUGCGAAAAAUGGUGAAAUAUGUGUCAAUACUUUAAAAAAGGAUUGGAAAUCAGAUCUCGGAAUUAAACACAUAUUACUAACUGUAAAAUGCCUCUUAAUAGUGCCAAAUGCAGAAUCUGCUUUAAAUGAAGAGGCUGGUAAAUUACUUUUAGAAAGGUACGAUGAUUAUUCAGAAAGAGCAAAAAUGAUGACAGAAAUACAUGCGCAGGGGGGUGGAAAAGGCAAUAAAGCAGCUUUAGAAAGUUGUACUUCCUCUGAAGUUGGAGGACCUCUCCCAAAAAAGCAUGCAGGAGAUAAAAAACUAACAGCAGAAAAGAAAAAAAUGUUAAAAGACAAGAAGAGAACACUCAAAAGAUUAUAAAAAAAAUUCAUAUAAUUUAUCUAUCUUUUAUAAUUUAAAAUACUGGUGUGGUAAUGUUGCCUCAUAUUGUAUACAAUUAUUGCAUAGUAAAAAUUUAUUAUCUAAACUCGACUGAUCUUAUUAUUAAGUAUUUAGAAAGUUAAUAAUUCUAGAAGCAUUAAUGAAUGACUUCCUAAGAUGCAAACAAGUACAACUUCGUAGUGAUCUACUUUACAAUCAAGAGUGAAAAAUAAUUUAACCCACUCUGUGACAUCUAUUAGUAAAUAUUUUUACAUAUGUACAAAAUAAUACCUCGUGUGAUUAUUUAAAUAAAAA